GAACUUCCGUAAAUACACGCAUCAGGUUGUAUGGAUUCAUCCAGAACAAAACAUCCAGGCUGCUAUUAGAUUAUAUGUGGAGAAUAACAGCUGCGUGAAAAUUAAUAUUAGUCGGGCGCUCGGAGCUUUUAUUAAUCCAGCAGAAGAUGCCCAAGGAAUCUGACAAUUCCCCAAAAGAGGAGCAGAGCAAGACUGACAAGGAUGGGAUAGAAAACACUGUGGAAUCAUCAGGAGAAAUGAUCCGGAAGAGGAUCAGAAGAAAUACUCCCAGUCCUCACAGACUCACCCCUCAAUCCAGCCCACCCAGAUUCGUGUCAGUGGAAGAGCUGUUGGAAACGGCCAAAGGAGUCACUAAUAUGGCACUGGCUCAUGAGAUCGUGAUGAACAGUGCUUUUCAAGUCAAACCUUUUGAGCCAGAAGAGGGAAGUUUGGCAAAAAGGGUGAAAGAAUUGAUGCACAAAGCAUUCUGGGAUUGCCUUGAGUCACAGCUGAAUGAGGACCCACCUCAGUAUGGCCAUGCUAUAACACUUGUGGGUGAAAUUAAAGAGACCCUGUUGUCUUUUCUGUUGCCAGGCCAGAGCCGUCUCAGAGGGCAAAUUGAAGAGGCUCUGGACCUCUCUCUGAUCCAGCAGCAGGCUGAAAACAGAGCUCUGGACAUCAGUAAAAUAGCCCAGUUCAUAAUUGACAUGAUGGGCACUUUCUGCGCACCCUGCCGUGAUGAAGACAUCAGACAGCUGCGGGAAAUCACUGACAUCGUGCCCCUUUUUAAGUCUAUAUUUGCAGUGCUUGACAAAAUGAAGAUCGACAUGGCCAACUUUGCUGUGAGCAGCCUGCGUCCUCACCUUUUACAGCAGUCGGUGGAAUAUGAGCGCAAGAAGUUUCAGGAGUUCCUUGAAAAACAACCUAAUGCUUUGGAUUUGACUAAGAAAUGGCUCCAGGACACGGCAGAUUAUGUAACUGGUGGAGAAAUGGAUGGUGGAGCAACAUGCACAGCAAAUUCUGCCCAGCUUGCCCUUACUGUACAUAAUCAUGCCUUUUUACGCUUGUUAAAAAGGGACCAUGAUGCUGAUCCUUUCCCUGAGACUCUUCUCAUGGAUCAGGGCAGAUUUCAGGAGAUGCAGCAGGAGUUGGAACAGCUGGCACUGGUGGCAUCAGUCCUGCUCAUCGUGUAUAAUGGUGCAGGAGAAGCCAUUUCUGGACUCCCGGGCCUCAUGGAAAGACUGAAGAAAACCAUUAAGAUUCUUUUAGCAGAGAUGCACACACCGUCCUUCAAAGAAGAUGAAACCUUUUCUGUUGUAGCAGAGAAAUUGUGUUUGGAGCUCAGAGGAUGCUUGUCUCAGCAUGGCUUUUCCCCCUUUUCCUCAGACAGAGAGAACACUCUAAAAGGACAAAUUGUAGCAGCAAAAUCUGCAGACAACCCCAUCCGCAAGGUCAUUGACUCCCGAAUCCAGACGUACCUUCUUGGUUUCCUAGAGUUGAGCGCCAACCGGACUGUCCCAGCUCUUCCUGGAGGCCUGACCCCCAUCAGCAAAGAGUUAGAGGAGAUUGCUGUUAAACUGGGACGCUUGAUAACCUUUAACAAGCUAGUUUACUCUCCGUUCUAUCAGAAAAUCCUCCAAGACAUUCUGAAGCAAGAGGGAAGUUUAGAUGGGUAAACGAAAAACCUGUAACACGUUGAGGUAAAGUUGGUUUUAUAAUCGCACAGUUCCUUCAUUGUUUACCAUGGUACUCUAUAUAUUCAGUCUGAAAUCGCUUGUAAGUAUGACUUCAAAACAGCAUUAGCACUAUUUAUUUGACUGCAAACAGUGUUGUACUUUGAUAGUCAUCGGCUGCUAAUAUGAUUUCCCUAUUUAUAACACUUUUCUGAAAUGAUAUUAUUAAGGAGACAGUCCAAAUGUGCGAAUAUAAAACCCACUUUACCUCAAUUCGUAACACUCACCGCUAGUUGUCCUGGCUUUCACAUUCUGUAGCUAUUUACCGAUUAUAGUGUCUAUGAAAUGGCUAAUUAACACAUAUAAACUCAUAUGCUAGCACUAAACUAUAUGUAACGACUAAGAUAUCUGACCUCAUUAAAUGACAUUGUAUAUCAGGGACUAUUUAUGAAUGUAUCGAGGCUUUUUGAAUUGCCUAAAGCUUUAGGCUAAGACUGAUAACUGUUCGAAUAGAGUGCUGAAAUGUAAUUGAGGAGAACAUUAAUGCAUAUAUAAAUAUAAAGGAUUUACUUCCACAUUUUUUGAGCAGUUGCUAGUAUCUUGACCCCCUCCACAGGUUCAUCCAGCUCUUUUAGACGGGUGUGAGGGAAAGAUGUACAGCAUUUGACUGGUGCCUUAGUUUGUGAAGUGCCACCAAUAUUUCUCUUUAUUAUUACGUUUUAACCUGCUGAUUAUUCUUACCAUAUUGUUCCAAUGGUGAUGAGACAUCUGGAGCACAUCUGAAGAACUAACUCUUGGUUUUAGUUUGUUACUGUUUCUAUCACUGAGCAUGUUUUACAGAAGACACUUUCACCUCACAAGCAAAUGUGUUUCCCAGACAAACCCAGCUGCACUUCUUUUGUUCUGCUAUCGUGUUUUAUCAGUGCAGUAUUACCAAUGGUUCUUUUUAAAGGAAUGCUGACUGUCAAUAAAAAUGUGAGGUGUGUAGAAAAAGA